GGUUUUAACGUCAUUUUUGGGCCUACAAUAACCUUCCAUGUAGGCUUUGUUUGGCUUUACUGCUCAAACUCUGGCUAACCUCCUUGGGUAGAAUGGGCCGUGGUGAGGAGCUCAGUGAAUUUCAGCGGGGCACUGUGGUCGGAUGCCACAUGUGCAAGAAGUCAAUCCGCGAGAUUUCUGCUUUGUUAAACCUGCCGCGGUCCACCGUGAGCGCUGUGAUUCUGAGGUGGAAACGUGGAGGAAUAACGACGGCUCUGCCCCGGAGCGGCCGGCCGCACAAGCUCAAAGAGGAGGACCGUCAAGUGCUGGAGAAAGUAGCGCUGGAAAACUGUCUGCCCACGGUGGAAGCGCUCACCACUGAGUUUCAGAGUGCGUCCGGGGCCAACGUGAGCUGCAGGACUGUCCGCCGGGAGCUGAAUGAGAUGGGCUUCCGUGGCAGAGUGUCCUCGUACAAAAAACAAAGAGGAGGGGAAGAAGCAGAGGCAGCCCCAAGUCAAGAUGAAGCCAAAGUGGACGUGUCUCGUCUGGACCUGCGUGUUGGACGUAUAAUCACAGCUCUGCAGCUUCCAGACACCGACAGUCUUUAUGUGGAGCAGGUUGAUGUUGGAGAGGCUUCUCCCAGGACUGUGGUCAGCGAGCUAGCCAAGCACAUACCUGUGGACCAGAUGCAGAACCGCAUGGUCGUUCUGCUUUGUAACAUGAAGCCAGCCAAGAUGGGAGGAGUGGUGUCCCAGGCUAUGGUCAUGUGUGCCAGCUCUCCGGACAAGGUCGAAGUCCUUGAACCUCCGAGUGGAGCAGUCCCAGGGGACAGAGUCACUUUCCAGGGCUUCCCAGGUGAACCAGACAAAGAGCUGAACCCCAAAAAGAAGGCGUGGGAGCAGGUUCAGCUAGACCUACGCACGGAUGGACAGUGUGUUGCAACAUACAAGGGAGCUGCCUUUGACAUCGCCGGCAAGGGGGUGUGCAAAGCCCAGACCAUGUGCAAUACACAAAUCAAGUAAACUAACCGAGCUGCUCGAAAUAGCUCAGUGCAAAUCCCUGGAGUCAGAAUCCAAAAUAUUUUGGAAAGCCUCCCCGAAAGAGGGGAAGCAGCCCAUGGUUUUGGAAUGAGAUGUCCUGUUAUGUUUGAAGUGUUCGCAUACUUUUGGACUGUAAACCAAGGACGGUAACAGUGAAGAGUAUGUCGCCCUCUGUUGGACGGAUCUGAACAUUACUGUUACGUUUUUAUUAUGAAAAUCUGAAGUUCUGUGUUUGGCCAAAGGAAGGCACUACAGUAACCAUAAUAACAAACGGUAGGUGUGUAAGUGAGACAUACAGCACACAGUCAUACCCAGCAUGGCGAAAGAAAAUUUAUAUUCUUUCAAAGAAUCCCUUUUGGGUGGGGAAUGUUUGACAUUUUCCCAUGAUGCCACAGUGAUUAUUUCCACUGAACCGUGGAUGAAACUCAAAAGGGCAGUCCCCAGUAAAAAGGGGGACACUAAACAGUUGUACUUUCUUUUGACAGUAUUGAUUGAGCUGGAAAUGAGUAGGGAAAUUACUUUCACAUUACGUAGUUAACCUUAUUAAAUAAUUAUACAUGUAAGGGCGGUUCUGUGUUGGGACAGUUCUCUGAGCUGCUUCAGUUAAAGUGUGAUGCUGACAGAUGAUGGAAAUUAGUCAGUGUGUUUUUGUAUCAGUGUAAAUAGUCUGUGCAAUGUUUAUUUGUUAUUUAUCUUACCUGUCACAGUAUUAUAUCUGAGAUCCAGACAAUGUUCUAUACAAAAAUGCUAAUUUUGUUUAUCUUUAGUUUCCCUGGAAAUUGAAAACUGCUACUAAAUGUUUUGUAUCCAUCCUGCUAUUGUAGAUUGUUACUCACCUCUCCAGAUAUUGUAACAGCUUAGCUAAACCUUUUAUAUGUCCUAAAGCUUUUAUGUCCAGUUUUGUGGACCAUGUUAGUUUAUCCUUCCAUUUUUGAUUUUUACAUUUAAUUAGCUGAAAUAAUCAAGUAUACUGAACUGCUUCAGGUGCUACAUUUGAUUACUAAUAACCCUACUUAUCAUUUGAAGGGUGAGAAAAUAAACCAACAUGUUUUGGUUUUAAAAUAAACAGUCUGGUUUUUUUUCUCUAGUCCAAACCAAGUCCAUAAAAUUACCAAAAAGGAAAAGCACAAUCACGCAAAGCUGCUCUUCCCUUAUUUUAAAGGAAGAACUGAAAAAACUGCUUGUAAAGAAUGGGGAUGUGAUUCAGAAACUAAGUAGAACAGCUUGUCCGACACAUGAUGAUGCUGGUUAUUGUUUGACAGAACAGGAGAGGUGACAGGGAAUGCUGUCAACCUUUUGUACAAGAAAUUCUAUUUGUUGGCAUAUCAAAAACUAGAAUAUGUAGCUACAAAUCUUUCACCAAUGAAAAUCCAGUUUAGAGGUUUCCCAUAAAAAGGAGAAUACAUCAGACAGACCAAGGUGUUUUUCAUCUCAUGCUUCAGCGUGUUGACUAACACAACAGGCUGAUAUGAAUAGAAUCACCUUAAUAUUAAAAGGUCAUGGAGAGUUGAUAUUAAUAUCAUGUAACACCCCCUCCCCCAUCCACCUCCCCCCAUCCACCUAUUGUACAGGCUACCUAUGUACAAACCCAUAGACGAAACCAUACUUGAGUUUGUGGAGGUACUGUAAUGGUGUUUCACUCAUCUCUGCCCCUGCAUCUGCAAUAACAACUGUCGUGGAGGAGUCAGUCCUGCAAGUGUGCGGCCUGUCGACUCGGCGCGGUUUACCGGAGGGGAAAGUUUAUAAACCACCACCUGAAAGACUCGUUUCGGUUGAGUUGAGUCAACCUAUGAAUAAAGUGCUCCGUGUCUUCCUACAUCCUGUUUUUGACAGGCCUCAAAGUGCAGGAAACCCUACAAAACUCUCAGCUGUGUUACAAUCUCAUAGUGUUUGUAUUGUAUUUAGUAGUCAUCCAUGUUUCUUUGCUCCUAAUCUUUCAUAUUUUCACUUUCCUAGUAUGAUAAUACUACUAAUGAUAUAACUAUAUGUUUUGCCAAUAUCCUUUAUAAAACUAUAAG